AUGAAAGUUCAAGAUAUUUGUUUACUUUCAAAUACACUUUUAAAUGCACUUGGUUAUACAAGAAUGGAUUCAAAAACAAUUAGUAAAAUGACUAAGAAACAAGCUAAACGUACACAAGAAGCACAAUUAAAUAAUGGAAUUAUUUCAUUACUUAUAAAUGAAGGAUAUUUAUUUUCUGAAAAGAAAGUUAAAACAGCACAUUUAACUGAAAGACUCAUUAGAAUUACUAGUAUUUUUAAAGAUGGUAAAAUAUUUGGAAGAGAUGAAUUAAUUGAAAUGGGAAAAUUAACUCUUCGUCUUAUGGAACAACACCAAACUGAUACCUUCAUUCAAUUUAAUCAACACACAUUGUUUAACAUCCCUUCUUCUUUCCUUUCAUUUAUAAAUCUUCCUACAUCAUCAGAUUUGAUUCUUUCCACACCACAACUUAUUAAUUUGAAUUAUCAUCAUGACUCUUCUUAUUUCAAUCUAUUAAAUUAUGAUUACUCUUAUGAUAAUGCUGAUCUUAUCCCUUUCUCUUCUUUUCUUCAUUCCUCUUUUUAA